UUUCUUUCUCUCUUUUCUUUUCUUCUUUCUACCUUUCUUUUUUUUUCCCUUUCUUUUUCUUUCACUUUUGAUUAUGAUUCAACGGUCUUUUUCUGCAUCAAUUUACGAACGAAACAACCUUGCUCAACCAUUGGAAAUUAAUCCAGAUACCCUACUUGAUAAACACAAUUCUAUACUUCUUCCUGAUACUUUGAGAACAUCUGUGUUACUAAGAAGAAUAGCUUUAGAAAGAUCAUGGUCACAAGAUCAAGUGAAGAACGAUCUUGCUAUAUUGGAUGAACAUCGAUUGUAUACAGUACGUGAUUUACUCUCAUUGUCAGACUAUAGUUGGAAGGUUAUUGAUUUAUUACCUUUAGUCAAGGACUUAUUACGAUCAUCUGUUGAUCCUAAUUGGAUGAAUAUUGAUAAAAAAAAGUUAAAUAAGAAACAAAAGAAUAAGAAAAUGCAACCUAUCUCAACUACUAUUGGAUCACCUGUAUAUGCUGGAACAUUUCUUGAUCAAACUCUUUCUCCGACAUCGACUGUACUUUCAUCAUCUCCAGUUUCUUCCAGUUUCAAUGGUGAUGACGUUUAUAUCAAACCUGACGAGUCAGAUCCUACAUUUAUGGAUGUGAUAUGUGAUGACCCUUUGACAAUUCGAAAUACGUUAAGAAACUUGUCAUGUACCUCUCCAACUUUUGAUGAUACCUUAUCACCCACUACACCAUCAAGAUCUGCUGGUUUAAAAAAUGUACGUUUCACUGAUCGAACAAGUAUUAUUAUGGAUGAUUCAUUAUCAUCCUCGUCUAGACGCUCUCCUGAAACAGAUAGUACCUCUAGUUUAGAUACUGUUACUACCGACGAAGAUGAAGAAGCUUUGAUGACUGCUGCUGCUGCUAUGGUGACUGGAAGAAGUGGUGCUGGUCGUCGUUUCCGUGAUAGUAUCAAUAUCAAUAGUAGUAGUAGUAAUAGUAUCAAUAGUAAUAAUAAUAAUUAUAGUAAUAAUAAUAGUAAUAAUAGUAAUAGUAAUAAUAAUAAUAGUAGUAGUAGAAGUAGUAAUAGUAAUGUUAGUCUUGCGUUGAAAGGUCAGUUUUCCUCUCUUCCAACUACUUCAUAUGCAUGAAUAAAAUCCGA